AAAACAUAAAAUGGCGCGAUGCUGUGAGGACAGCUGUUAUUCAUUUAGAAGAGAAAACAGAAAUAAUUUUAUUUAAACCAAGAGAUUUUACGUGAUUUUGUGUGUAAAAAUUUUGUUAUCGAAAGAUUUAAAAAUAAAUCAUAUCUUAUGAAAAAUAAAAAGAAAAAGUUAAAAAUAUAAUAAUCAUUUAACUUAAAUGAUAAAACAAUUUGUACAACGAUGACAAUGGUAGUAGAUACAAUAAUUUGAUGGAGGUGGUUGUGCGAACAUCGGAGAAAAAGACUUACAGAAAUUUUUUAUAAGAAUAGUGAUUUCAUUAAUUUUAACAUAAAUUAAAUCUAAUUAAUAUUAAUAAUAAUGACUUGAAAUUAAUUUUUUUUAAUGUAUUUAUCAGAAGAAGUGAGAAUACUUAGACAACGAGAGAAAAGAAAGAAAAAUACAAACAGAGAAGUAAGUUAAAGUUGUCUUAAAAAAUAUAAGCAACGCUUAUUUCUUGAAUUUAUAAAAAUAAGAAUAAAAUAAAGCAGCAAGAAAAUUAUAUUCAUAAAUUUUAACUCCCUUUCGAUGCAUCCACAUAUAUAUCGAAUAUUUCGUUUUUGAAAUUUUCAAAGCUAGAAGGACUUACUUCCAUGUAUUUUCACAACGGUUAUUUGAUUGUAUUUUCAAAGUAUCAGAUAAUUUUCUGCGAUUAAAAGAUGACCAAAUAUCGUCCAGUAUCACAGCAAGUCUCCAGUGAUAAUCAUCAUUUUUACCACUGCUUUUACGAGGAAUCACUAUGAAUGCCAGAACUCAACUAUUUGAAUUAAGUAUGGAGGGCAGACAAGUGGAUGAAGCAGUAGCAAGUAUCUUCCACAGUGUUCUUUUCCAUCGAAGUCUUGGUAAAUUUAAAUACAAGCAAGAAGGUAGUUAUUCAGUGGGUACUGUGGGAUACCAAGAUGUUGACUGUGAUUUUAUUGACUUUACUUAUGUCUGUUGUUCAUCUGUGCAUCUGGAUCAAACUUUAAAACGUGAAAUAUCAGGUUUUUCUGAAGCUUUGCGUUCUACUGAUAGUCCAGGUUCUGGCCAAAUAUCUUUGGAAUUCUUUCAAAAGAAAAAAAAUCGUUGGCCCUUCCAACCAGAAUGCAUACCUUGGGAAGUAUGGACAGUAAGAUUGGAACUUAUUAAAUUAGCAACAGAACAUGAGAGACAAAUAUGCAGAGAAAAAGUUGGAGAUUUAUUAACAGAUAAGAUUCUUUAUAUAACAGAAGUAAUGAAUCGACAUGACUAUCUACCUAAAAUGCCAAAUCAAGCUGAAUUGGAUUUGAUUUUUGAUACAUCAUAUCCUGAUAUACAACCUUAUCUAUUUAAAUUAUCAUUUACAACUUCUAGCCCAUCAAGUACAACAAUGGGUAAUACAAUGAAAAAAUUAAUCAAAGAAACAUUAUCCAUUUAGUUGUUUAUUAAUUUUUAUGAGAAUUUUUUUAGUAAUGUAUAUAUAAUCCAAAUUCAUUUUUGGUUAACAUUGUAAACUUUUCUUUGCUAACAAAAAAAUUAUUUUGAUUAUAUCAAAUUUUGCGUUAUAUACGCAUCGAAUUUUCAUAUUCUUUUAGUCUCUUUUACUUAUAUAAACAUUUACUGUGUUAUAUGUUUUUAUAUAUAUUCACUUGCAUAGAACUUGCAUAAAGGACUUGAAGUCCAGGAAAAAACAAAGUUAAUUAUAUAUAAUAUUUAUAAUAAAGUGGGACAAAGAAUUAAAUCCCACAUAUCAAAAUGUCAUUUCUGACUAAUCUAUGCAAAUUUUAUGCAAAUAAUAUUUGUCAGAAAGAAAAAAAACAAGCUGAUGUGUAUAUGUAUAUAUAUAUACAUAUGAAUGUAUAUAUAUAUGAAUAUACAUAUAUGAAUAUGUAUAGAUAUACAUACAUAUAUGUAACAUACACAUAUACAAUAUAUAUGUAUAUAUAUAUAUAAUUGUAUAAAUCUAAAAUAUUUGUAAAAUUUCUAUAGUACAAAGGAACCAAUUGUGUAUAGCAAUUACUGUUUUGCGUAUAUACUAUUCCAAGAAUAUCGUCCACUGUAUAAGUCUUCUAGGUAAUCAGUUAUACAUUAAAUAUCAAAUAUUAUAUUUCUUUAUCAUUUUGAAUUUUAAUUCGUUAAUAUUCUGGAUAUCGUUAAUAGCGAAAUGAUAUCUCGUUAUUAAUAGAGUGAAAUAUAACAUUCUUUGUUUUAUUUUUCUUUAAAAUUUUUUCAAUAGUAACAAAGAUAUACGGCUAUUGUAAGAACAUAGAGUAGUGUAAUGUGUUUAUUUAACAAAAUGAAAUUUAAAAGUUAAUAAAUUUGUCUUAACAUA